CUCGUCCCUCGCUACAUCUCCGUAUAACCACCCAACUCCCCAAAAAAUCUAACUCAUCUCCUCCUUCCUAGUAAUACUUUUAUUUCUCUUUGAAAGGCAAAGAAACGGUUAAAUAGAAACAUUUGUCUCUUGAACUUUACUUCAGAUUAUACUGUCUAGUCUCGGUUUUGAGGAAGAAAAGGUCUCAGUUUGUUUUCAAAAAAGACAAGCAGCUUUGAAUUAGGCAUUAUUUGUCUCUUCCCUUCCUUCUACUCUCAAAAUAAACACAAAAAACAUCCACCACUUAUUUUCUAUACUGCCCUCUUUCAUUCCCCAUCACAAAAGUACACACAACCAACAUAUUCGUCAGAGAAAGAAUUGUUUGAUCUUGUGAUGACCAUCUCCUUUAAUUUAUGGUUCCAUUUCCAGUACUAGAAUUGGCAUUGUCAAUCUUGCAUAACAAGAACCAUCAUAGUUGUUUCAGUUCAUAUGUCCUACUUUUUUCUGCUGUAAUACAAGAAUCGGAUUGGGACUAUGGAAUUCUUUUAUCGUACAGAGCGGCUAAUUCCUAGUAUUCAUUAUGUUCCGCCAACUAAAAACGAAAGCAAUUCAUUUCAUGGUUACUCCAAGGAAGCAAGUUUUGACGCCAACAUGAUAAUUAUCCUAGCAGCUCUGCUCUGUGCAUUAAUAUGCGCACUUGGUCUAAAUUCAAUUAUCAGGUGUGCCUUCAGAUGUAGCCGCAGAUUUUCUUUCGAGUCAGCAGAUGCGCGGGCUGAACGCUUAGCUGCAACAGGGCUGAAGAAGAGCACGUUGAGGCGAAUUCCGGUGGCUGUUUAUGGAUCAGGAGUUCAUAUUCUGGCCACGGAUUGUCCAAUUUGUCUUGGAGAAUUUAUGGAUGGUGAGAAAGUGAGAGUCUUGCCUAGAUGUCACCAUGGGUUUCAUGUUAGGUGCAUAGACAUUUGGUUGGCUUCACACUCUUCUUGCCCAACUUGUAGGCAAUCAUUGCUUGUACAACCUAAGACGACAUCCUCUGAUGACGCAGGGGAUGUGGAAGCUGGAUUGAGAUAACAUGGAACUGUACCAAGUGGACUUGCUGGUGUUGCUGAGUUCCAUAUGUAUUUUAUAUUUGUUGACAUUUUAGUGAUUUUUUCCAUAUGUAUUUGUAAAAUUAUGGGUUCAAUUAAACUAAUCAAUCCAUUUGGUCCA